UUUGCUUACAGCAUGAUAUAUAAUUAGUUCUUUAGUUAAUUACAACUAAAAUAAAUAGCUAUGGAAUCAUCAAAGUCAACUUUAUUGCCAAUGGCACCAUCAACCCUAUGCUUUGACAAGAAUGAAUUUAUGAACAAAGAUUUCAGUGUGGAUAAAUUUGUAGCUGAUUGUCGUCGUCGAGUCCAGUUAGAAACUCUGCGCCAAGAUUUGGAAGUUUAUUUCAAGUUAUUAAAAAAUGCAAUGAUUGAACUCAUCAACAAAGAUUAUGCUGAUUUUGUCAACUUGUCAUCAAAUCUGGUAGGAAUGGACAAGGCCAUUGCACAACUGCGGGAUCCGCUUACUCAAAUUAAAGAUGAUAUGACGCAAAUUAGGGACUUGAUGGAAAACAAAAUUGAUGCAGUUGAAAGUCUUCUCAAACGUCGCUGCGAACUUACUGACAGUAGAGAUAAACUCUUACACAUGAUUAAAUUGCUGAGAUCUGUGGAGAAAAUCGAACAAAUUCAAUCAUCAGAAGACACUAAUUCUGGCCUAGUUUUAGAAAGAAUAGCAGGAGAGUUCAACGAAUUACAACAUCAUGCUGGGUUUUGUAAGGGCUUGCCUGUAUUGAGUCAAGUCCGACCAAGAAUUUCAGAAAUAACUGGAAAUCUACAGCAAAGGCUGGAACAGUUACUUAUACUUGGGGUAAAUUCUUCCGAUGUAGCUUUACUCCACAAAUGCCUCAAUUCUUAUUCUUUAAUCGGCAAAACGAAAGAUGCAGAAAAUCUGGUACAGGUACAUUUAGUUCGGCCAUACAUGCAUCAAGUCAUUGAGGAGCAGUGUGAUGAUAUUUCACCAAAAAAAGUCAAAGAAAUGUUUACGAAAAUUGUUGAUUUCAUCCCUAAUUAUUGUAAGCUACUGAACGAUAUUACAGCUGGAAGAUUAUCAAAAGUUAGUGAUCAGUAUCGUGGCGUCUCUGGAUAUGAUUUUGUCGUAAGAUCAGUUUGGCCUGAAAUUGUGAAAUCUAUCGAAAACAAUUUAUCUACCAUGUUUUCACCUGGCUAUCCUGAUACUUUCCAUUCAAGAUAUAACCUUUAUAUGGAAUUUAUAGCCGAUAUUGAACGACAAUGUGGAUCACAAGCAAGUGUGCAACGUCUACGACAGAGUGAGGAAUUCGCUCGAUUUCAAUCACAUUGGAGCUUACCAGUUUAUUUUCAAAUGAGGUUUCAAGAGAUUGGUGGUAAAAUGGAGGAAGCUCUGGGUGAUGGUCUUAAGGAUUCAUCCGAGAAAAGUUUAAAAUUACAUGCCAGUGCAACAUUGAUAUCUUGUAUUGAAAUGUGCUGGAAAGCUGAUAUUUUCCUUCCUCCUCUUGUACACCGCUUUUGGAAAGUGACUUUGCAAUGUGUAGCGAGAUAUAACCAAUGGGUAAAAAAAAUUUUCUCUCAACCAGGAAAAGAAGGUGACGGGGCAAAUGCCAAAUUGGAUGUCGCUAAACUUGUUGGUCUUACAUGCGAUCUAACUACUUUAGGUUCAAAAAUAAACCAAUUCUACAAAGAUGUUAUUUUUCCGAAAGUUUCCCAAUGUGGUAUGAAAGAUACCACACUUCUGCAAGGUGCUCUCGAUACCACCUUGAAGUCGUUUGAGACACAAGGAGAUGAAAUUUCACAGCGUAUUGUUGCUACACUCACAGCUCAAAGUAUUGUGCAUUUGAGGUAUGCACAGGAUGUUCCCAGGCUCUUUCGACGAACAAAUCGGGAAACGCCAACAAAACCUUCAGCCUAUGUAUCAAGUGUCUUAAAAUCGAUAGUAAAUUUCAGGAAAGAGCAUCUCGAUUCAAUUGACAGUGACAUAAUGAAUUGUUGGUUGACGGAGUCUGCAAGUAAUAUAUCCGAAAAGUACUUUACUGUUGUGUCAGAUGUUUUAAUGUCGGUCAAAAAAAUGGAAGAAAGUCUGAUGAGACUUCAAAAAAUGCGGGCAGGAAAAAGCAGUGGAAAUCUGGCAUCACUGGAUGAUAAAAAAUUGUCAGAUGAUGACAAAAUAAGACAACAAUUGUAUUUAGAUGUCGUUUCGUUAAACCAACAGUUAAAAGACAUGUUGAUACAUGUUACAAAUGUAUCAAAACUAAAAGAUUUGCUUGAACUUGUAACAGAGGCAAAACCUAAGGAUAUAACUGCUUCUUAGGAGUCUUAGUUAAUGUUAAACUGUAUAAUAAUUUUUUGGUGCAACAGUUUGGUGUAUUACACAUUCUCAUCUACUGUAAUAAAUUGUGUUGUGAAUGUAUCUAGCGCUUAACAUGUAAUUGGAAUUCCUUGUUUUAUUCUAAGAAUAUAAAUAUGUGGCCAGAAUCAAAAAAUAGAAUAUUUAGUCUUAGAUUCAUCGCAUUCAUCCUAAAUAUAUAUGGCAAUGUACUUGUGCAAUAGUGAAUAUAGGGCAAUGUUAUAACAUAGUGGGCCGUAUAAGAAAAUCCUGCUCAGUAGUUUGAAUUAUCAUUGACUAUGUUCUCAAAUAUAGAGUUAGAAAAUAGUUCCCUUCAAUGUCUAUAUGUUCACUUACUAUGAACGAAGCUUCUAAUAAUAUUUUUUGUAUAUAUAAUUAUAG